AUGCAAACCCACCUCUCAGCUCCUGCAAGCCCCUCCCCCAAAUCCACCUCUCAGCUCCUACAAGCCCCACCCCGAAAUCCACCUCUCAGCUCCUCCAAGCCCCACCCCGAAAUCCACCUCUCAGCUCCUCCAAGCCCCACCCCCAAACCCACCUCUCAUCUCCUCCAAGCCCCACCCCCAAACCCACCUCUCAUCUCCUACAAGCCCCACCCCCAAAUCCACCUCUCAGCUCCUCCAAGCCCCACCCCGAAAUCCACCUCUCAGCUCCUGCAAGCCCCACCCCGAAAUCCACCUCUCAGCUCCUGCAAGCCCCACCCCCAAAUCCACCUCUCAGCUCCUACAAGCCCCACCCCCAAAUCCACCUCUCAGCUCCUACAAGCCCCACCCCCAAAUCCACCUCUCAGCUCCUGCAAGCCCCACCCCCAAAUCCACCUCUCAGCUCCUACAAGCCCCACCCCCAAAUCCACCUCUCAGCUCCUACAAGCCCCACCCCCAAAUCCACCUCUCAUCUCCUGCAAGCCCCACCCCCAAAUCCACCUCUCAGCUCCUACAAGCCCCACCCCCAAAUCCACCUCUCAGCUCCUACAAGCCCCGCCCCCAAAUCCACCUCCAAUCACCCCAAAACGUCUGUGA